CCCCCCUUUCCUGAGAAACAACCUGGAUACACAUGUCUUGUUCAAACAAGCCACUUUUGUGUUCUGCUCAGAUAGGGAAAGGCCGGUGAAGGGCACAGAGCUGGUGAGUGACGUUCAUAUUUCAGUUUCCCUGUAGCCUCUUGCCCUCCUGAAGUCCGAGAAUCCGAGAGGCAGCUCAGUAUUUGACGUGAGUCAGUGUCACCUUACCUUCAGCCCGGGAACACUGGAGACACUGAAUGGACAGAUCAUGGGUUCAGAUGAGGCCUACAACUUUGUCUUUAAGGUGGUUCUGAUUGGUGAGUCUGGCGUGGGGAAGAGCAACCUUCUGUCCCGCUUCACCAAAAACGAGUUCAAUCAUGACACUCGCACCACCAUCGGGGUGGAGUUCAGCACACGGACGGUGCAGCUCAACACCUUCACUAUUAAGGCGCAGAUCUGGGACACAGCAGGACUGGAGCGGUACCGGGCCAUCACAUCUGCGUACUACAGAGGAGCUGUCGGGGCCCUGCUGGUCUAUGACAUCACCAAACACCUGACCUAUGAGAGCGUGGAGCGCUGGCUGAAGGAGCUGUACGAACACGCCGACCCUCACAUCGUGGUCAUGCUGGUGGGCAACAAGACUGACCUGGAGUCAGAGCGAUCGGUGCCCACAGAGGAGGCCAAAGACUUUGCAGAAAAGAAAGGGAUUUUGUUUCUGGAAACCUCCGCCUUGAACUCCAGCAAUGUGGAAGAAGCGUUCAACAGUGUCCUCACAGAGAUCCAUAAGAAGGUGAGCAGUAAGGAAGUGGUCCGAGGCUCCAUCAGUGCCGUGACCCUGAACGGCUCCAAAGAGGAGACUACAGAGGAGAGCAAACCCUGCUGCCGGAACAUCUGAUCACACCUUCAUCCUGGAGCAGGACGCAGCAGCCAUGGAUACCAACAUGAAUGGUCCUAGUGAUGCCACUUUCACAUGACUGACAGUUUGUACAAGCUGAAUGUUGGCAUGAUGCGUUCAAGUGAUGACGGAUUUAUGUGAAUAUACAAGACAGCACACUCUCAAUGAAAACAUGGCUGCCAGACGGGGAACACGGAUCAGCUGAAUUUAUCCAUCUAACAAAAGGCUCCACUGAUAAAGAUCUUUGCCCACUGGUACAGUGAGAUACCUUCAAACAGAAGGUUGAGGGUUUGAUUCCUGAUGUGUUUGAUGUGUCCUUGGGCAAGACACUUAAACCCUGUGCUGCACUGGCAGCAUGCGACUUUUCUAAUUUGAGACUGAAGUUAACGUCGCUUUAUAAACCUGUAAAUCUGUAAAUCCCUGCACCAAACUCCAUUGACUUUAUUUAUCACAGCACGCAGGUGUUGUUGAUCUACUGCUGCCUCCAUCAGUGAGUUCAAAUGUUUCCUUUUGUUAUUUUGGUGUUUAAGAUCUAGAUUCACUUAAGCAACAUAAACUUAACAUUUCUUUCUACGGACAAUUUGUGCAGUUUUAGUCAGUGAGCCUUUUGAUAAGAGGAUGAAAUCUGUUCUUCCAUGUUUUCACUGAGAGUGUCCAGAGUGUUCAAAGUCACUGUCAUCAUUUCAUCCCGUCAACAGUUUGGUUCAUGGCAGAUGUUUGAAUCCCUGACUGAGUCGGUUAGAGCUGAUGAUCUGUGUUUGUGUAGAAAGAGCAGCUAACACAAACACCUCCACACACACACAAACACAACAAGAUCAGUUUCUGUGGUGAGCUCCAGCCUCUGGGAAAUAUUAAAUGAUUGUUUUAUUGUUUUCUGAGUAAAAACUAAUCUGCCAUGGUCUGUAUCUGAAGUCCUUCCAAAGUCUCAAAACCUUACAGGAGACUCCAACAUCAUAAUAUGUGAAGAUGCAUAUUUAAAAAAGACCGACUUAUCCUAUUGAUGUCACCUGGCCUUGUCUGAAUGAUGCAUCUAAUCACAGGAUAUCAGCUGCUUCACUCCAUGUCUGAAAAAAGCAAAAUCUUCCCUAAUCACAACAUCAGACUUUAGGCUCUUUUUUUGAAAUUUAAAAAAAGGUGAAAUUGUAUUUUCUUGAUAUGUUUUAAGUGGUUUUAUUGACUCAUUAAUUCCUAAAUAUUGUUUCAGGGGCUGUUCCACAAUCACGUUUUAUUGAGGGAAAUAACAACUGUGUUGCUCAAGGCCAUUUACAUUAUUGUGUGUGUGUUUUUUUUUUACUCUAUGAUCUAUUUUAAUGAAUACAAUGAUUUAUCUAUAUAAUAAACAUGGUGAAUUUGUUCAUUUACAUGCAUAUAUUUACCAUAUUUCAAGACCUGCCUCUUGUAAUCUAA